GGCGCUUUUGUGGGUUCUUAGCAAUGUGAGGGGGCCUUUGAAGAAACUCGUCGGGCCGGUCCGGGUAAGGCAAGCACGCGACGGAUUCAGACCGCAGUUUGACUAGCGUGGCUGCGCUGGACUGAGAGAUUUUGGCGCGCGCGGCCAAACGCAGCUAAGUGAAGAGACAUACUAGAGUCCAGAGAGCCUGUGCAAAAACCGGCUGUAAAGUGCGAAAUACGCACGCAGGAUAACAGCGCAGGUGUUAGUCAUCAUUUAUUUUGCCAAUCGCUGCAUUCUGCCGGCAGCAGACACGAAGCGCAGUCCUUAUUGCUUACAAAAGGCAAGGCAGCCCAAAGCGCAGCCGCAGCGCGAGUAGGAGCCGCGUCGACAAGGACACCGCACGUUUCAGGCAAGCACCACCUGCACGCCAUCGACGCGCCACAGCCAAAAGUGCGGCCACAACGCGAGUAGGAGUCGCUCCGGCAAAGGCACCGCGAGACGAUGCCGCCAAGAAGAAAGCGCGCCGCGGCCCCCGCACGUAGAAGCGCAAGAUUCGCCGAGCAAGACGCCGCCAACGAAAAAGCGCAAGAACACGCCAACAGGACGUAUGAGAUCGGGGAUAGAGUAGAAGCAAGGUGGGACGGCCGGCCCGAGUGGUUCCCCGGGAAAGUGAUCGCCAUGAACGACGACAAGACCUAUGAUAUACUGUAUGACGACGGCGACGACGAGCUGAACGUGAAGCCCUCGCUCAUGAAGCGCGAAGGCGAGCCCGAUCCACCUAGUGUGGACGAGAAGGUCAAGAGAAGACCAAGACCGAAGUCGCCGCGACCGGGCACGCCCACGAGUGACGGUGAAAAACCGAAACGAAAAAAAGAACCGUAUGUCAUCCCGAAGCAGUACGACGUGUUGAUGGAGGCCCUCGAGACGGAGGAAGAAAAUAGGAGGUGGUUGAUAAAACAAAAACGAGACGCUUUAGCUAAUGACGAUUCUGGGAUCGUGCGACCUCCCAAAAACUUCGGCAUGCAUCCCCGGCGAUAUUCGUCGCGCGAAGGGAACGUCGUCAAUUUCCCGAAGACCGACCACAUGCCCGACGUGCUGUACGGUGAUCAAAGACCUCCACAAGUACCCGAUAAGAAGUGCUGCAUCACGGGGAAGGUGGCUCGUUACAAAUGUCCUAGAACAGGACUACCGUACCACGACCUCGCCGCGUUCAAGGAAUUGCGACGGCGGAACGGGCUGUCGGACGGGCCGCUACGGACGAACACGGUCAAGGAUUAUGAGCUUGUGGAUGCGGAUGAUCGCAUAAAUCGGGAGAAGCGGCAUCCCGCGGAGCUGCCGCAGCGGCCGCCGGUCGAGGAGGACCUCGCGGACGCGUGGACCCGCCUCGGCGUUUAACUAACUAGUUGUUUCUGGUCUUGGAGCGGCCGCUCUCCGUCGCGGCGUCGUCCCGUCGCGACGCGUAG